AUGCUCUUACCACUACUAGCCGACAAUCUAGCCACGUACGCCAGUCAUAAAAUUCACCAGGUUAAUGGACCAUAUACCAUACAAGUGCCCAUUUUGAACGAAAUUGCGGAACUUCACUUUAACGUUGAUGGGGACAAAUACAUCGCCUUCCACGGCACAUGUUACCUGGUUGGCUCAAUAUUUUUCGCAUUUUCAUGCCCUGUAGAAUGUUAACCCGACAUGUGUGGCCAGCGACGACCAGUGUUUACUCAAGAAACAGGUCCAUUUAUCUUUACUACCGCCCUUCCGGGUGCACCAUGGUAUGUCAUCUUGAAUCACAAGACAUAUACGGUUGAUACGGAGAAAGGAAUUUGCAACGCGAACUACUCAAAUGAGACCUUUAAGUGCAACGUCGAGAGAUAUCCAGAGUUCUCGCGAAUUACUAUUUUCAUUGCGGAAAUCAAGUCUAUUAGCAGGAUUUUAAUUGGGGCUCGAUCUUCCGAUGAACCGGAUAGGUUUUACUGGAUCUCAGUCGAAUUCACUUUGCUCGCUUCAUCAGAAACUCAAGAGGAGGAGGAGUACUCAGUUUUGAAAUUUGAAGUGAAGCCGGGAGAAAAAAAGAUUGCGAUCUACACGUGCAUCUCUGAAGACUCUAAGCACCUCGACCUUGUAUCCUACCGAUACUUUUGGCCAGAUGUACAAGAGAAAAUUGGUACAUUCACCUUCACCUACAAGUAUGAACGAUUUGGAAACAUAGAGCAGUCUGCAUUCGUCUGCAAUUUAGCUGCCGAAAGUCAAACGCAUACUGUUUAUUGGCGUGGUAAGUAUUCUUCCAAAUUAAUCCAUUCGGUGUCAUACUAA